AAGUAUUCUAGGCCCGCUGCAAGCAUGCCAAUAGGUUUAGCAGCUGCUAACAAGCAGGCACCUGUCUUAAUGCAUAUGGAGUACCGCGUUUCGCUUCCUGAUCACGAUUGGAUGAUAGCCGCCAGACACAAGUUGAUACCUAGCGUUUAUGCUGCAUGUGUAAUACAAAAUGGUGAAAUAGGACGUCCGGAAGCAGUAACCUACUCUGGACCAUCUUAUAUUGCCAUCAGAAGUGGAAAGCACUCGUCAUCGACCGCAUCCACACAUGCAUUUGAUUUUGAAAAACUUAUCACAUUAACUCAAUUCCGAAAUGUCAUAAAAGAUAAUUGUGGACGUGUUAAGCCGGUUAUUUUUGUGUCUUCUGACGGAGGCCCGGAUGAAAAUCCUAGAUACCCCAAGGUGGUUGCACAUGCAAUUCAUCACUUUCAAAAACAUGACCUCGACGCUAUUUUUAUAUUCACAAACGCACCUGGUAGAAGCGCCUUUAAUAGGGUUGAACGCAGAAUGGCUCCAUUAAGUCGGGAAUUGGCGGGGGUAAUACUACCUCACGAUUCUUUCGGCAACCAUCUAGAUGGAAAUGGGAAAACUGUUGAUCCAACAUUAGAGAAGAUAAAUUUUCGUAAAGCUGGUGAGGUGUUAGCUGAAAUAUGGAGUGGUAUGGUCAUCGACAGCUACGAAGUAUUUGCAGAGUACAUUGAAGCAGAUGCUAGAGCUGAAAAUUUUGUUCCGGUAUUACCAUGUACUAAGUGGUACAGCACACACGUUCGAGAAAGUCAGUAUAUGCUUCAAAUAGUUAAAUGCACUAAUAUCGAUUGCUGUGGACAAAUGCGGAGCUCCCUACUUCAAAUUUUACAUCACCGCUUUUUACCUCCUCCAUACCCUCUUCUGCAAACACCUAGUGGUCUAAUUGUCCCAAAACCUGACGCGCAUGAUGGAAAACAUUUCGCGCCUUUACUUUUAAGACUAUCGUUGGGAUCGAAACAUUUAAAUUUUGAUAUAAAUAAAAUGGCCUACGACUUCUUUUGUCCAACCAUAAAAGGGUUGAUCACCGAACGCAUGUGCAUUAACUGUCAGCUAUACUUCAGCUCAAAAAAAGGUCUGCAUAAUCAUCUUCAGUCUUUGCAUAAAAAGAAAAGAAAUUUUGAACCAAUACGUUCGUUAAGGAUCCUUAAUCGUCGUCCAGCUGAAGUUCUGUGUAUUUUAAAUGGAAGUGACGGAACAAAUGUGGUAGAGUGGCACGAUGAAAACGAUAUUGUUGAUGAUGACGUAGAGCCAGCGCCUAUAGAUGAGAAGCUUUCUAUCGUUAGUGUAACUGACGUAUGUGCAAACCCAUGGCUUGAUGCAUAAUCAGGUUAUUUAAAAAAUGUUUCCCUGGCUAAGACGCACUACCUUAACUCAAAUGAAUUUUUGUACUUUUUAUGUUACGUAUUUAUUGUAUUUAUUUAAAUGAAGUGUUAAAUGAAAAUUUUAAUUUUUCUGCUUAGAGCAAAAAAA